AUGUUCGCCGUCCACCGCAAGUGCUACCCCGCCUUUGUGCGUGCCACCCGCCUUAACUUUUCUAGUGUGAAAAAGAAAGCAUACGAAAUUGUGGACCACCACUACGAUGCGGUAAUAGUGGGCGCAGGAGGAGCGGGGCUACGAUCCGCCUUGGAGUUGUCCAAAAAUAAUUACAAAGUAGCAUGUAUAAGUAAGCUAUUUCCAACAAGAUCACACACGGUUGCAGCACAAGGGGGCAUAAACGCCGCAUUAGGGAAUAUGACUGAAGAUGACUGGAGGUGGCAUGCCUACGAUACGAUCAAAGGAUCCGACUGGUUAGGGGACCAAAAUGCAAUUCAGUAUAUGUGUCGAGAAGCACCUGAAUCGGUUUUGGAGUUGGAAGAAUUUGGGUUACCCUUUUCUAGAACAAAAUCAGGAAAAAUCUAUCAAAGGGCAUUUGGAGGGCAAAGCUUAAAAUAUGGGAAGGGAGGACAAGCAUAUAGAUGUGCAGCUGCCGCGGAUAGAACAGGACAUGCAGUGCUUCAUACUUUGUAUGGCCAAUCAUUAGCACACAACUGUGUUUUUUUCGUUGAAUAUUUUGUACUAGAUUUGUUAAUGGCCAAUACGAAUGAAUGUAUUGGUGUUAUUUGCUUAAAUAUAGCUGAUGGGAAGAUUCACAGGUUUUUUUCACCUCAUACGGUAAUUGCUACGGGGGGGUAUGGGAGAGCUUACUUAUCUUGCACGUCAGCACAUGCAUGCACAGGGGACGGAAAUGCAAUCGUUUCGAGGAGCAAGCUACCAUUGCAGGAUCUUGAAUUUGUCCAAUUCCACCCGACAGGAAUAUAUCCAGCUGGGUGCUUAAUUACUGAAGGAUGUAGAGGUGAAGGAGGCAUCCUAAGAAACAGGGAAGGAGAAGCAUUCAUGAUGAGAUACGCCCCGAAAGCGAAAGAUUUGGCUAGUCGAGAUGUAGUCAGUAGAGCAAUGACUAUAGAAAUAAAUGAAGGUAGAGGUUGUGGUCCUAAUGCUGAUCAUAUUUACCUCGACUUAACACAUCUGCCUUACGAAACGUUGAAGGAAAGACUACCAGGUAUAAUGGAAACAGCCAAAAUAUUUGCAGGUGUUAAUGUCACCAAUCAAUACAUACCUGUCCUCCCAACAGUGCAUUACAACAUGGGAGGCAUACCAACCAAUUAUAAAACGCAAGUCCUAACACAAAAGGUUAAUUUAUCCAAAGGGGUUAAAACAUCCCCAGAAGAGGAUAUUAUUGUUAAAGGACUAUACGCAGCAGGAGAAGCGGCUUCUGCAUCUGUUCAUGGCGCAAACAGAUUGGGAGCUAAUUCUCUCCUAGACAUUAUCGUCUUCGGAAAAAGGGCCUCCCUAACUAUAAUGGAAAUUGAUAAGCCAAAUAUCCCCCCUAUUAAGGCGCAUGCAGAUAUAGGGGAUGAAACCAUACAACGGUUAGACAAAAUAAGAUUCAACAAAGGAACUGUUACAACAGCACAAAUACGUAAAAAAAUGCAAGUGUGCAUGCAAAAACACGCUGCCGUCUUUAGAAUUGGACCUCUCCUAGAAGAAGGCUACAAACAGAUACUUACUAUCUGCUCCGAGUUCAAUGACGUAUACGUUAAGGAUAAAACCUUAACUUGGAAUACUGAUUUGAUCGAAACGCUGGAGUUGGAGAAUUUACUAACCUUGGCCUCUCAAACCAUUCUAGCUGCCAUAGAUCGAAAGGAGUCCAGAGGCGCACAUGCAAGGGAUGACUUCCCCGAACGAGACGAUAAGGCCUUUCUUAAACACUCCCUAACUUGGAUGACUGACAGGGAUGUUGAGAAGGCGAAAUAUUUCACCACAUACAGGGGCGUCAUCACCCAGCCGCUGGAUAACGAAAUGGAGUACGUCCCCCCGGUUAAAAGGGUUUACUGA